AUGGCGGAUCUCAACGAGGCCGAGGCGCUGGUCCGGCGUCAAGGGCUAUUCAACAGUCCAAUCAUGUCCGACAUUCAAGUUCUCAUCGGAGAUUACAAGUUCUUCGCUCACAAAGCAAUUCUGAGCCUCGCUUCUCAAUACUUCGAGCGUCGCCUCCACGAGAAUGAUAACGAGGAAAAUGCGGAGCCAAUUCGCCUGACUGAGCCCCAUGGAAGAGAUGCCGCUCAUUUGCUAUUGCGCCACGUCUACGGCUUCGAGGUGGAGAUUCUCCAAGAGGGAUCCACGGGCGACUGGCUGGGGCUGGCCAGGCCCAUCUCGCUCCUGGAUGUGGCCGGCCGAUACCAGGUCUCUUCUCUCCGGAAGCUCACCGAAGACAAAUUCACCGCGUUACUCGAAUGUAUUUCCAUCGCUACCCUCGUUACUGGGAUGGAGUCCAUCUACCUCUACUUCCCGGCGGGUGACCACCGCCGCAUCGCUGUCAAAGUGUGCCUCGAUCGGUUCGAAAGCUUCAUGGGCUACAGGUGGGUCCAGCCUCUCUUUGAAAAGUGCCCAGAACUGGUGACAGACCUCUUGGAGUCGGCCCUGGGUCAAGAUCGGGCGAUAGAUCGCUUGAAGCAGAUCUUGGGUAAGCCUGAGCUUGCGGUGGAUAUCCUGAAGGGGCUGGCCAGGCUAGGAGCAGGCGCUCCAAGGAGGCUUGAGUAG